ACCGUCGCAGCUUAACUAUAAAGAAGUUCACGUGAGAACUACGUACAAAAUCGUUGACAGAUAUAAGCGCCUCUGCCCACAUAAUUAAGAAACUCACGGGUCGAUUUUCCGUACAUCAACAUCCUUAUAGUACUGUCAGUCUCGUUUGGUCCUGUCAGCUGGUGAAGAAGGGGAGACUAGAACGAUAAAAAUGUCGUUCGCUGAGAAAAUAUCGUCGAUUAUGCAAAGACCAGGACAGGACCCUGUUGCCAAGGACGAUGUACCUUGGUGGAUGAAGUAUGCUGGACGAGGACUCGGCACCGUGGGUAGUAUAAUUGCAAUUAUUCUUGGAGGAUGGAAUUGUUUAUCAAUUCUGAUGGGUUCGGUAGAUUGCCUAAUAAGUGGUAUGUGGCAAAUGGUGGCUGGUUUUAUAGUUGCAACAAUAGAAGCACCAUGUUGCUGUCUAUUUAUUGAUUAUGUACAAAACUUAAGUGAUUGGGUGGAAAAGAGACCAUAUUGGAAUAGAGCAGCUGGAUAUUGUAUAAUGGCAAUUCCUUCAGUCCUCCUUUGUUUUGGAAUGAGUAGCUUAUUUGGCAGUGGUCUAAUAUUUGCGACAGGUGUAAUAUAUGGACUAAUGUCACUUGGGCGAAAAGGAACCAGGCCCGACCCAGCAGGAAUGACGUCGGGUGUGAGUUCCCCACAGGGUACUGUACCUCCUACUACAGAUCACCAUACAACUCUCGUGGAAGAUCCUGAUGUCUGGAGGCCUACAUAAAUCAUCAAACAUUCAUUGCACCACUUCUCUAACCAGGGCACCACUUCGUGAAAUGAGAUCAGCAGCGACGAAUAUCGAGGUUCCUUCAUCGAGUAUGCAAGCUACACUUGUUGAAAAUGCUCAACCAAUGAGUUUUACCAAUAGACCAGAUAGUAAUGUUUAAAUUCACAACAUUAAUUGGCAAAAGAAUUCAUUUUCUGGUAUGAAUGGUGAUGAAUGUUGACUUGGUAAAAUAUUCAAUAAUUGAGCCUAUGAAUAUGCAUUGUUUGAAGCACUUAUUAUUUAGUCCUACUAAUAUUCUAAUAUUUUAUCAUCUUCAAUUUAUGAUACUGUAAAUUGCUUAUAUUAUUUGUGCUGACAUAUAGGUGAAGUAGUUAGGUCAUUUUUUCCUUUUCAUACAUAAUUUUUAAUUUAGUUUCAGUUGUGGACUUCGAUAUCAAUAGAGCAUUAGUGAUAUUAACACAUUAUUUACUAAACCAUUAUUAUAUAUAUAAAAGUUACAUUAUUUCAGUUUUUUAUUUGAAAUAAUGCCAAAGUUAAAGACUGCUAUAGAAAUUAUAUUCUGUUAGUAUUCAUAGGCUUGAUUUCUUGUGCUCCUACUUGUCUAUUGUGUGUCAUAAUGUUCAUAAAGAAUGAAAUUGGUGAGGAAAAAAUAAUUUUACGUUAGUUGAUUUUGGAUGUAGUUAUCUAUUUAAAUUUUACAUUUUAAAUUGAUGAAGUGUAAUAUUUUGAACUAAAAUAACACUUCCAAAAUCAAAAUAUCCUAAGACUUUAAGACGAAUCAUUCAUAAGUUAUAGAAGGUGGACGAGUCAUAACUAGCUUUAUUUUCAUUUAUUCAUGUAUUGUAUACAUAUAUAUGUGGGAUAAGUUAUAUAGUUAGAACAAUCCUCCAUUUGUUUAUUAUUUAGGAUAAAAAAUUAAUCUAUAAAUUAUGAAUUGAUCUAAAUCCAAUAAUAUUGCACUUCAUUUUUUCUAGGAAAAACAGCAUUAUAUAUAUAUUUUAUAUGAGUCAAUCUUUUAUUUUGUGAAUGAAAUUUGCGAUAUUUUGCAAAAAAGAUUAUUUUGGAUAGAUUUUUCUUCAAAAUUGAUAUUUGAUGGAUGCAAGAAUUAAUUUAUAUAAAAAAUUAAAUAUAUAUGUAAUUUAAAAAGAGAGACAUUGUUCGACUUCGGUGUAUUAUUACAUUUAACAUGAAAAAGAGGAAACAAAAAGAUAGAUUAUGUAACUUUUCUUUUUAUUAUUUUAUCCUACCUUGAAUAAAGAAAAUAUAUAUGGAAAUAUAAGUAUAUGGAUUACUUCGUUUAUUUUUUCUGCGAAAUUACUUGUACAUAUACAUGUAUACAUACAUACAUUUGAAUUUACUUCGUAAUCGUUUCAUUCGAUAUUUAUAUUUAUAUAUAUGGUAUCUACUCCCAUAUGAUAUUCUUGAUUCCAAAACUUCCAAACAUAAUUUUUUGUACCUUCUAUAUUUUUGUAGCUAAAUCUGAAUGAUAUAUGGCAGAGACUAUUACUGAUCUACUAGUAUAUUUUAGUGUGUAUAAUGUAGUUUUUGUUCAAAAUUACAAAAUUGUAAAUAUAUAAUAUUCUGAUUAUUUCGAUAAUGUUUAUAUCAGAUUUUACUCUAUUCAAAAUUGUUUUAAUCAAAAUCAAAUGUAUCAAUGACUUCCUCAUUUUUAUAGACAUUUUGAACUUCUUUCCCUCUUCAAUCCAUAUCAUGUAUUUUUAAUCGAAUAAGCAUUUAUUUCUUAAUCGAAACUGUCAAAUUACUCGACCAUUAUCUCUCCCUACAUUCCCAUUUUUUAAUUAAUUUAUUUAUUAAGUAUACAAGACUCUAGAAAUAUUUAACCAGGUAUCGAUUUUUUAAAUCUUUGAUGAUUUUAGUGUUGCGUUUGCCAAAUAAAUUCAGUUUAAAUCCACUUCUAGACGUAUGUAAAUUAUUGUAUUUAUAUAGUGCGUAUUAUAAAGUUAUUGUUUAUUGUGAUUUUCGUGUAGCAUUUUAUUGUGAUUGUUUAUAAUUAAGUACACUUUUAGUAAUUUAUGUUCAUAUAUGAUAAAUAAUAUACUAUAUCAUACGCAAUGUUAAUUAGCAUGCAUUAAAAGAAAUAGGAGCAUAUUAUGUAACUUGAUUAUAUCACAUGUAGUUUCUGUACUCAAUCUGAAUCGAAUAUUUCCGAUUUUCAUAUUUUAUCAUUUAUGAUUUAUUUUAAGAUUACAAAAUGCUUCUUUUAAAUUUAAAUUACGUAUUUUAAAAAAUAUAAUAAAAUCAGGGUAUACUUACCUUGAUAACAUCAUUAGUGUCAAAUAUUUUUAUGUAAUGUUUAAUAGGAAAAAAAUGAUAUAAAGGAUGUAUGAUAUUAGUGAGAGAUUAAAUUAGAAGCAAAUAUUCGGCGCUAACUAAUUUUAUUUUACUUUCAUUGCAUAAAUUUUGAAGAAUAUUUAGCGUUUACACAAUGAGAGACGAUACUUGAGCAAAUUCAACAUGAAGAAAAUAAUAUAAAAAGGAAAAAAAAUGUUAAAAUAAAUUUUCAAAUGAAUAAUGUAUAAAAUAUACGAUAAGUUACACGAGGCAUUUUAUUGUUGUUACUGGUAGGACAGGAAUAUAUUUAUAAUAAUUUUCUGUCAUAAGGAAAUGUGUUCAAAAGUAUAUGUCGCAUGCGUAUUUGACCAACUAUUAUUGAGAAGGAUUAAACAUUUAUAGUAACAUACAUUAUUUGCUAUAUAGGUUAGUGGAUUAUGAAUAAAUUUUAAGAAUACAUACUGUCUUCGAAAUAUACCAAAAUAUACAUAUGUAGAUAUUCAACUUCCAUUAAAUAGAAACCCAAACGAAAUAUUUAUAAUGCUUAAUGCACUAUCACGAUUUCAAGCCAAUAUGAUAUGUAUACACGGAAGAAAAUAGACUUAUUUUAAACAUAUGUCUAUUUAAUUAAAAAUAUCCUGUUAUAAAUAUGUUUAAUUUUGGGAGUAGAAAUUUAUAAAUAAAAGGUUCGGAUAUACACCGCUAUGUAUGUAUUACAUUAAUAAUUACAUGAAUAAAUUAAUAAGCUUCGUUACAUACAUGUAUAGUAAAAUUGUCAAUAAAUAUUAAAAUUACAUUAAAA